GUCACGGCAGGAAGUGCUGCGCUCCUCGUGUCCACCUUGUUGGCAGUGAUUGAGGUGGAGGCUGCGACAGAAAAACAAUCGAGCACAGGUCGACUCCACGUUCAGCUCCUGAUUCCACAGAAAACAAACACGCACCAAACCGGAGCACGUGUGGAUUUAAACGUCAUUUGCGUGGCCUCACUUGCGCACAGUUCGCACGCGGCUUUCCCUUUCCGCGUGUUGUGCGUGUCGCGGGUUUCUCUCUGGAGUGAACACUAAGGGGGACUCCAUGAAAGAUGACAGAGGAGGUGAUUGUUGUAGCCAAGUGGGAGUACACGGCCCAGCAGGACCAGGAACUUGACAUCCGAAAAAAUGAGCGUCUCUUCCUCCUAGACGACUCAAAGACCUGGUGGCGUGUUCGUAACGCUGCCAACCAAACGGGUUAUGUGCCAUCAAACUACGUAGAACGCAAGAACAGCCUGAAGAAAGGCUCGCUGGUGAAGAACAUCAAAGACACGCUGGGUUUGGGAAAAACAAAAAGGAAGACGAGCGCCCGCGAUGCUUCCCCAACACCAAGCUCAGAUACAGAGUACCCCUCCAAUGGCAGCGGGGGUGGAGGAGGAGCUGCUGAGAGAAUCUAUGACCUCAACAUCCCGGCCAUCGUCAAGUUUGCCUACAUGGCAGAGAGGGAAGACGAGCUGACCCUGGUUAAGGCAUCCCGGGUCAUGGUAAUGGAGAAGUGCAGUGACGGCUGGUGGCGGGGCAGCCAGGGGGGCCACGUGGGCUGGUUUCCUUCCAACUACGUCCAGGAGGAGCUCGGAGGAGCUGAAGACGGAGGUGAGGGGGAUUCCACGCGGGGUUACCCUGCAGGGUCUCAAGGGACUUUGAUGGCCAAUGGAUGCGCAGGUGGUCGCGUUGCAGUGCUCCACCUCGUUCAAACGCUCUACCCCUUCAGCUCGGUGACAGAGGAGGAGCUGAACUUUGAGAAGGGAGAGGUCAUGGAGGUGGUGGAGAAGCCCGAGAAUGACCCAGAGUGGUGGAAGUGUAAGAACUCGCGUGGCAAUCUGGGCCUGGUACCUAAAAAUUAUGUGAUGGUGCUGGAUGAGCAGCCCGGCCUGCCUUCCUCUCCGUCGAGCUCCCCACAGACCCGUGUUGUUGGGCCGGCACGUUCAGGGAGGUUCGUCGGGAGGGACUGGUACUACGGCAACGUCACCAGACACCAGGCCGAGUGUAUACUCAACGAAAGAGGAGAGGAGGGGGACUUCCUCAUACGAGACAGCGAGUCAUCUCCCAGUGAUUUCUCGGUGUCUCUGAAAGCAGCGGGUAAGAAUAAGCACUUUAAGGUGCGGCUCUCAGAGGGAGUGUUCUGUAUCGGCCAGCGCAGGUUCAACUCCAUCGAUGAACUCGUGGAGCACUACAAGAAAGCCCCCAUCUUUACCAGUGAACACGGAGAGAAGCUCUACCUGGUCAAAGCGCUGCUGUGAUUCCCUCACAUCUACACUGGAUCUCACACACACUCGUAAUACUAACACCUCUCCCUAACUGUCUCAACUCAAGCCUUAGCUCUGAACCCUCCCGCUGUGUCGUCUCUACCUGAUACUCAGUCUCUCCUUUUGAGUUUUAUCCGUCACCUUCCCGAGGCGACAGAGGUGAAAGUCUUUCUAGCUCUGAACCCCCGAGACUGUGGCAGCGCUUCCCCAGCUGCAUCCUUCAUGUGCAGCUCAGUGCAUAGGAAUAUAAAUAAUUCUCUGGUCUGGAUGAUGCAGUGACCACACCUGCUGCUACCAGAACGCCUGAGGCCUUGGUUGGGGGUCGAGCUCUCCUUCUGAUGUCACACAUGAUACAUUUACUUCCACGCACAUCGUAGGUUAAAACCAUUAUUGCUCUUAAUCCACACACAGAAGACGGACAUUAUCAGUUCAGAGAGGACUCUGAGGGACCUUGCUCCGGUGUCGUUCUGUCGUCGCUGGCCAUUGUUUUAUUUUGUCUCUUAAAUGUUAUUUUUUUCAAAACUAAUUUAAACGCCUCUCUGGAGGUCUUCUCGUACAGCGACUUCACAAAGUGACCAGAAUCACUCUCUUGCCUUUUUCUCCUUAUUUUCACCAUUCCUCUACAUGACUUCUCUCCCCAUUUGAACGUUACUUUGUCAACUUCCUCCCUGUUCCCAUCAAAUUCAUUAUUAGUGAAGUUAUAGAAAAAUCUGAAUACAGUACUUCCUGUUAUUCUUCUAUGAGGCAGCGGCGGGGGAGCGUUAAUGCUAUAGGCGAAACCUCUGAAUUCCUGUUUGAAUGUUUAUCAUGUAACCGAAUGUGCCACCCUGUACCCAUACUACUGGCUCCAGGUCUGCACUGCACUCACCAUUCAUUCAUUCAUAGCUCUCAUGCGUUAUGCUGUGUCACAUUGCUCUGCAGUUUGUGUCUGUAGCUCUAAGAGGAUGCUCACUGAAGAAUAACAAUUAAAAAGAAAAACCUUUUGUUAAAACACUCGAUCUGCUCCUGUGAGUGAAUUGAGUCCCAAAAAUGUUUUCUUUUCACCGCGUAAAGAUAAUUAUAUCUUGUGUCGACAGAGAAUUUUGCAGGAAGAAAGUCACAUUUAUAUAAAAACAUUUAAUAUUAAGACCCUAAAAUCCAAUCAACUGGUAAAGGGCGACCUGAAGCUGUUUAUUCUUGAGUCACAGUGUUUGAAGAUAAAGGAUUUUUGAGGGAUCUCAUUCUUUUCACAAGCUUUUCCAAAACCAACAAAACCUGCAUUUUGCCAUUUCAAUUGUCUCAAAAAUUUGUAAAUCUGCUACUAUGAUCAAUUUCAAAUGCCAUUUGCUGUGAGAGAAUGAGACGUUGGGCAGGCGCAGCAACAGUAACUGAGUCUUUUAAAUAACGGCCGUAGUUUCACUGUUGACAAACCAAAUAUACCGUCAUCUGGGUCGUAAUUAAAAUAACUCUAUAGUCCUACCAAACAUUUUCCUGUUUAUUUUUGCUACUUGCAUUUGUUUACCGAUGGAAGUGUUGAUCAUGGAGUCCUCAGCUUUUAUACGAUAUAUCUGAAUGUUAUUGGGCAUUGUUAUUUAAAUUCUUGUCCUCACUGUAUGUAUAUAUUCAAAUUAAGAGGAGGUGCAUAUAUGAAUCACUAAGAUCCAACUAUGGUACUGUAUCACCGACAACAUGAUGAGAAUUGAAAUACUUUUGUUCAAUAAAAGAUUUUUGAAGAAUACUAAAAA